AUGCCCAACCCAACUGCAGACGAACUUUCAGCACCCAGCCCACCCGCCGAAGAAGCACCUACAACAACAUCCCCUCCUCCCCCCGACGCGUGCCCAUCUCCUCCGUCCGCUAAGCAAGCAAGCACGCCUUACAUCCUUUCCCCGCACCACCCCAAGCCGCCAUCCGAGGUGUCCCCUCCCCCAGUCCAGCGCCGAGGCCGCGGGCUCUUCAAACACGGCAUCGGCGUCAUCAACGGGUUCGAAGACGACGGCGGCAGCGGCAGCGGCAGCAGCUCCCUGUCGCGGUAUCCCUGCAAAGACGGAUCUAGUGAUUUGCUUAGCGAGGAAGGGGAGACGGGAAGUAGUGAGGGGCAGGGAGAUGUGGUGAGGGGUGGCCACGGUAGAAAUGGAUGCCUGGUGAGCUGGGGAUGGGGUGGGGAAGCUAUACAGGGUCGUGUGUGCGAUGGGAAUGCGUGGUUGGACUUGGAAUUGGAGGGAGCUGGGGGGUGUGAGGGCGAGGUGUGA